UUCUACUUUUGCUUUUGAAAACGAUACUCGGGAUGCAAGUAUUCUAUAUACAAAGCCAUGGGUAGGCAGAAUUGAGAAUAAGGUGAGGGAGAGUAAUCCUGUUUACAAGCAACCCAUAUGGCGUUCGAAGAUAGAAACUAACGUUGGUCGGAUAUGCUGACAACAUUAAUGUGUUAAUUUGACGUCAUCAGGUUUAAAAAUUUACCUACUUUCCGGUAUCAUGUAUGAUAAUAACGAAACAUCAGAGCUGGAAAAUAAACCUGAGAACAAAAACAUGUGCAAACGUGGUUGUGGCUUCUAUGGAAGUGUUCGAUUCAAAGAUAUGUGUUCCAAAUGUUAUCAGGAGCAUAUUAAAUGUAGUUCUACCUUGGAGCAAGCUACACUUGUUCAUUCCACUUCAAUUGAUAUGCCAGACAAUCGAAAGUCACAGCUCUUAGAUUGCUGUGAACACUCUCCCAAAGAUUCCACUUCAAAUCAGUCAGACCCUACAACAUCUUCCCAAUUAUCUCGUGCGCUUAAACGAAAGGCAAAUCCCUCAGUCUCUGCAGAAACUUCCAAAGCCGACUCGUCAGCUUCCCGUCCCGUUCUUGGCGUCAAUCGUUGCACUUGGUGUCGCAAGCGUGUUGGACUGACAGGUUUCGCUUGCCGCUGCGAUGGACUGUUCUGCUCAUUACAUAGAUAUUCCGAUCAGCACGAGUGUGCUUAUGAUUAUCAAGCAAAUGGUCGUCUUGAACUAGCUCGCGCCAAUCCAGAAGUACGUUGUCCCAAAAUUCGAAAACUGUGA